AAUGAACAUUUUACCUUUCUAUACAUUCUACAUUUUAUUAAUGUGACUUAUUUGGAAAGGUAACAUGGAAGAGAAGAGGAUUGCUAAGACCCAGAGCAAAGGCAGCUCAGUUCCACCCCAACUCUGUGAUGAUGACGUUGGCAAUACUUUUCAACAACAGGUUCAAGCAGCGGAACAACACUCUCUCACCAAAGAAGAUGUUGUCAUUGAGACAACGGUUGCAGAAUGUUGCAUCAAGCAGAAUGCAGAAUCAAGCACGAGUGAUGCUUUUGAAGACCAACAACAACAAUCCGUCAGCAAUCCCAUCGGUGUUUCUCAGCUGGAGAGGAAUGACAGCGAGCACAGAAAUGACCAGGAGGAAAACAUGAAUGAGGAAGGUGGCCCAACACUGUCCCAAACGGGCAUUGAUCAGCACCAAAUAUUACCGCCGACAUCCGUGGAGGCAAGUGGGUCUGGCGCAGCUGCUUUGGAAGAUCAGCAGACAACGGAGAACGAGUGCGAUUUUAAAAAAAAGCAAAAAAGGGCACUGAGUAUUGUAACCGAAGCAGCCACAGGCGAGCCAGCCAAGAAGAAGAAAAGGAUGGGUAUGUGUGGCCUGAUGGCGAAAGAAGCAAGUCAUUUUUUACACUGCAAAAAUGGACAAACACAAGAGGAAAGGCCAGCAUUUAUCAGUAGGACGUCUGUGGUCGUCACACAACCAAGGGAGCAAGAUGUACUCCCAUCAAGUCAGCAUAGCACACCCGACAGUGAAACAGUGUGCAAGCCAAGUGGCGUGGAUGACAAAGAUCAUGACCGUGAGCAGGACUCGCUUCCUGGUCUGGACCAAACUGGGCCCCCACAGGAGGAGGAGAACCAGCAUUUUGGGUAUCCAAAGCCGCAGGAAGUGGACUGUGGGCCGUCAAACGUCACACAUUCGGAGAUGGAUGUGCGGUGUGUUGCCGUAGCGACCACUGAGACGCGGGAUGAGACUCAUGGUGACCCUGUGGACGAAAGCAGAGCACAAAGCGGUGCUGAACUGUGUGAGGCUGCGCUCUCGGGUGCUUCGGAGAGGAACGACAUGCGUGGAACUCCUGUUGAAGAUGCUCCUCUUGCUGUGAAGGCAGAGCACACGCAAACCAACAGCAUGGCUGACUCGCUGGCGUCUGGAGGCUUGGAUUUUGUGUCCGACACGCAGCUCAACAGCAUUGCGUUGAUUGAGGAGCAGACGACAAAGGAGGAGGAUGAAGAUGCCACAGAGCUCAUGUGUGGCCUCAUAAGGGAACUCUCCUUUCUCAAUCGCACCGUCAUGGCCGCUCACCGAGAGAUUGACAGCAUGCGGCGUGCCAGGAAGAACUCGAGGAGCGUACCACGCUGAUAUUUUGGACUUUAUAGUAAGUUUUUCUACACGAUAUGAUCAUCUUUCUUCCACGAAGUACCCUUUCAAGUUCACUAGCAGGUACUUCUUGCUGUUGUAUUUGUUGAAUAAAAGCCCUGUUUGUUUAUUAUGAAGGCUUUUGUAAAA